UUCGAAGCAGCGCUUGCGGGCUGCUUGAUAAGCUGGCUUGUAGGGGGCCGCUGGUCACACACACGAAGGUCAUCGACAGCAAGGGAAAGGGAGAGCUUAGUCGUGAAACAAAUACCUAGAUACUUAUACAUGUUAACAACCUCCAUCUUUUCUUUACCAUAAUACCAACAUUCCUUUGAUGCUAGAAAUCCGCCUUUCCGGAACACGAUGACCUUUGUUUUUUUGAGGUUCACAAACAUGCCAAAACGUUAAGCAUAAUUUUUUAAAAUGUUAAGCUGCGUUUGGAGACCAUUAACAGAGUAUGAUGCAAGGACAUCAUCAGCAAAGAGCAGUAAGAGUAUCUGUAAUAUAUCAUGAACCAGUUGGAUGCCAUGAAUACCAUUCUGAGACACGUCUGCAGCUAACUGAUUGAUGAAGAACGUAAAGAGACAAUUGAAAUACUCAGUGCAAUCAUUAUUACAUCUUACGCAGGCUUUGAUAUUUUGGUACAUACUUUUUAAAAUUGCCUCCGACUCCCAGAUUACAUAAAACAUGCCAUAGUUUGUUUCGAUUAACCAUAUCGAACGCCUUUCUGAAAUCUACGAAACAUACAUAUACCUUACCCGAUCUUUUCAGUAAAUAUCGCUGUAUGAUAGCAUACAGCAUAAAGAUAUUAUCGACAGUGGUGGUGGCGGUGGCGGUGUCUGGUGGCUGGUGGCUGGUGGCUGAUGGAUGAUGGAUGAUGAUGUAGUUUUAUAACGCGCAAGUCUCCGCAUCACAGAGACACGCUCAAUGCGCGGUGAUCCCAGCAGCCACCAAACUGCAGGUCAAAUGAUCAACUUCAAAUAAUUUUAAACAAGUGAGUCUUAAGAUUUUUCUUAAAGAUGCAAGACUAUCAGACUCCAUGGUCGAGAGGGGAAGCGAGUUCCACAGAAGCGGGGAAGUGGAAUGCCCUUCCCUAAAACCACUCUGUUCCUCAGCUAUCUUAUCAUUUUCCUCUGCCCAUCUUGUUAGUCUCAGGUUCAGGAUAUAUGCAAACAGUUUACUAACUGUACUGAUUAGCGAUAUCCCUCUAUAAUUGUCCGGACAAUCUCGGUCCCCAGAUUUAAAUAAAGGGACGAUCAUCGCGCCACUCCAGGGUAAUCCCCGUUGUCAAAAAUUUUGUUAAAUAAAGUCACUAGGUACCUUAGGAUAUGGUCCUGACAGGCUUUUAACAUUUCAGCAAGUAUUCCAUCAGGCCCCGGAGGCGUAUCUUUUUUUCUUGAACAGUGAAGCAACUUCGGAAGCCUUCGGAACUUCGGAAGCCUUCGGAAGCGUGACGUCACACUUCCGAGACGACCAUUUGAGUUACAAUCCCCGCCAGGUGGGCUAAUUUUUUAGUGUGAUCUUAAGAUGGCAUCAACAGGAGUCAACGAUCGGGGCUUGCCUGUUAUGAAUGAUCAUGCCUGCAGUGAGCAGCAACUUAAGUGUGUGCAAGAGGUUUUACCACAUGGCUACAGGUAUAGAGUAACGGCAUUUGAACCUAAAUCUGAGGGAAAAUUCAAAUGUGAAGUCCGGCUGGCAAUAUUUAAUGCAGAUGAUGCAAAACUGUGGCUUACGAAAUUUCAAGAAAGAAGCAAGGUUACCUUGCGUGCUAGGUCUUGUUUGCCAGCAAAGGAGCGGGGCAAAAAUAUUUAUAAACAAUACUUCAGAUGCCAGCACAAUACCAACCCGGUUUCUGCUACAGCCAACAGCCGUCUUGGUUCCAAGAAUUCAAACUGUCCAGCUCUGCUAACAAUUGUUGUACGGAGACAGCUUGGAAAAUACAGCAGAGCAAAAGAACAUAGACCCGCUUUUGAAAGAUUUCCCUACAUGCCUUCAGAUUGAACACACUCACAAUCAUAGUCUGUAUAGUGCUGAUUCUCUACGUCAUAGGGAUGUAAAUGAUGAGACAAUCGCCAAAUUCAAAUGGC